AUGACGCCAUCGUCGCCGCUCCCACAUAGCACGGGCAUACAAGCCAGGUUCCUCCUCGUGCUCCUCCCCUUCAUCUCCUACGUCCACGUGUUGCUGCUCGGUGCCCGCCGCGGCAAGAAACGGCCGGCGGCCACCGCCAAUGCCAGCCGCCUGCCACCGUCUCCGUGGAGGCUCCCCGUCAUCGGGCAGGCACUUGCCGUCGUCGUCUCCUCGGCGGGGGCCGCGCGGGAGGUGAUGCAGGCGCAGGACCACGUGUUCGCCAGCCGCCCGUCGCUCACCAUCCCCAAGAGGCUCCUGUACGGCUGCACCGACAUCGCCUUCGCGCCGCACGGGCCGUACUGGAGCGGCGCGCGCAAGAUGAGCGUGCGCCACCUCCUGAGCCCGGCCAGGGUGCGGGCCUACCGCGCCGUCCGGGAGGAGGAGGUGGAGGCGCUGGCCCGACGAGUCGCCGAGCAGGCGUCGUGCCGUGGCGGCGUCGUGCGCCUGAGCGAGCUCCUGAACGGCUUCGCCAAGGACGUGGCCGGCCAGAUCGUGCUGGGGCUGCGCGCCGCCGGCGACGACGGGUGGCGCGCCAAGGUGGACGCGCUGCUGGAGGAGAGCAACGUGCUGCUCGGCGCGUUCCACGUCGGCGACUACAUCCCGUGGCUCUCGUGGGUGAGCGCCGUCGACGGCACGGACGCCAGGGUGAGGAGGGCGUUCCAGAGGAUCGACGGGAUCCUCGACGAGAUCGUGGACGCGGCCGCGGCCAGCAGGGAGAAGCCGUCGUCGUCGUCUCCGGGUCCGGGUGAUGCUGACGCCUUCAUACACGUGUUUCUGUCUCUACAGCAACAGGACGGAGCUCCUGCUGCGACUGGGACUGGGACAGCAGAGUGGCGCCUCAGCAGGGACAACGUGAAGGCUCUCUUGGAGGACUUGUUCGGCGCCGGGACAGAGGCGACGAUCAUCGUCCUGGAAUGGGCCAUGGCGGAGCUGCUCCGCAACAAGGGGGUCAUGGAGAAGCUGCAGCGCGAGGUGAGACGACAAGCUCGGAGCACCGGCGACGGCAGCAGCCACGGCAACAUGGUCGGCGAGCACGAUCUGCCGGGAAUGGAGUACCUGAGAGCCGUGAUCAAGGAGACGAUGCGGCUGCACACGCCAGGGCCCCUGCUGCUCCCGCACAAGUCCAUGCAGGCCACCCGGAUCGGCGGCGGCCGGUACGACAUCCCCGGCGGCACCAUGGUGAUCGUGAACGCGUGGGCGAUCGGCAGGGACCCCGAGGCCUGGGAGUCGCCGGAGGAGUUCCGGCCGGAGAGGUUCGCCGGCAGCGCCGUGGACUUCCGGGACCGGCACUUCCAGCUGAUCCCGUUCGGCGCGGGGCGCCGGAUGUGCCCGGGGGUGAACCUCGCCAUGUCCGUGGUGGAGCUCGCGCUAGCCAACCUCGUGGCCCAGUUCGACUGGGCGCUGCCGGAGGGCGAGGCGGCGCAGCUGGACAUGGAGGAGACGACCGGGUGCCCAUCGCGGAAGAGGACUCCGCUCCGUGCCAUUGCCACGCAGCACUACUAUUCCGGGGCCAUUAGCCACACCGCCCUCAACCGCCACCAUCUUCGGGUGUACCGCCGCCGGCGACCAUCCCUCUAAUCCCGUUCGCGAUUGGAGCCCCAAACCCCGGAAAUUCAAAUCCAUAACCCUAAUUCCCGCUGCACCAGCGUUGCCGGUCUCAACCACUUCCAACGACACGGCGGCCCGCCACCGCACCGCUCCGCCGCACGUACCACCCACCACU